AUGUAAUAUUUAUUAUUAUAACAUGACACUGACAGUCGAAUUGUCCACAGAUACCACAGAUUAAGAUGCAUAGAAUACCUGGUGUGUUUACUGAUUCGAUAUUGUUUCAGACUUUUUGGGAGACCCACCUGUGGCUUUGGUGGUGUGCUUCACCUGAGUUCUGUAAGGGGGCGCUCUUUGAAAAUUUUCGAAUUCCCGCUGUCAGAUAAAAUGUCAAUCAGUAUUUUCAAAUUUUGAUUCUUUGAAAUUGAAAUUUUUUUCUCUUAUAUAAUUAAUCAUUCAUUGUUCGUAGUUUUAUUAUAGUUUUGUUGUUCAGUUCUUGUUAUUUUAGAUUAGUUUAUUCCAGUAGUUAGUUAGUAAGAAAUAGUGUAUAAGGAUAAUUUUCGUGAAAUGAGGCGAUUUUGUAUUUUGUGUGGCAGUGCAAAGAUGGAGAUUCGACUGAUUCGAGUAUUCAUAUGUAUUCAGUUCCGAAGGAUGAGAACAGGCGGAAGCAAUGGACAGAUUCUGUGGGGAAAUAUCUACCUGUUGGUGCAUUUAUUUGCUCAAAGCAUUUUCCCAUUCAGUCCAUUGGUGCUCUGAAAUUAUUGAAGGGUUCCAAACCAGCAUUCAUUGACACUGAUCCUGAAGUUCCAUUGAAUUGUUUUCCUAAUCCAUCUGGUAGUCUACCUGAUUCACCGGAUUCUGUCCCAAAAUCCCAAAAUCCUGUGUUGCAAUCCAGCCACAUCCAAUCAGAUUAUAUUCCUUACCCAUUCGAUAUUGUCACAAACCUUUUUUCUCUUAUUAAGAAUGAUGAAAUCUCCAUUGAUCUUCCUCCUUACUGGAGUUUUAAUAAAUUAGAAAAUCACAUUGUAUUUUCUAAAGUGGCACUUAAAGAAAAUGAUAUGCCUUAUUUAGAGCGUUCAGUGGUUCUUACGGCCGAUACCAUUCAGGCUAGAAUAAUGCACAGGGUUGUUGACAUCAUGAAAUCUGUAACCACAGUUUACGAUCUUGAGGAUUAUUUGAGGAGAUUGGAUGGGAAGAAAAUAUGCAGCAUUAAGAGAAUUGCAUACAAAUCAAAUACAAGCAAAAAGUGA